AUUAUAGCUCUGGAGUUGGAACGUGACCGAAGUCCGUUUUGGUAUACCAAAUAUACCUCAGAAUUGUCAACAAUAUGGUAGGCCUUUGCUGUCUUCAUCUUGCUUGCUGCUGUAAAUUUUUUCUUUAUUUCUUAGAAACUACUGCACAGUGCUCAUGUAUGUGAUCGUUUAAGUACUUUGUAAGCCUAGCCAAGUAGUUCUUUUAAGGUUGUUUUGAAAAUGGAUCUGGGCCUACCAAAAUCUAGGCCUAGGCCUACGCACUCGCCCAGCUGCCCUCCUCUUCUUGCCGCCUCCGGCGAAUGUUGUAAAGAAGGCUGCAUCGCUUCUCUUGGUAUUCCCUUGCUAGAUAUGAUUGCAAAUGUCACAGAAGCCUUCUUGAAAAGAUUUAGCCUGGAAGAGGACAAUUCAAUUCAAGCUGGUCCACAACAAGAUGGAGUGUAUGGGGCGCUACAGAAAGAAUGUCAAGUAAGCUACAGUGCUGGGGGUUCAGCUCAAAACACCAUCAGAAUCGCUCAGCUUAUGUUAAGAGUGCCAAGGGCUACAACUGUUUUUGGAUGCAUUGGAAAGGAUCAUUUUGGUGAAAUAUUGAAGGUCAAAGGUCAAUCAGAAGGGGCAAAGGUUGUCUACCAAGAGCAUGAUGUGUUACCAAGUGGCAAGUGUGCAGUUUUCAUUACCAAGCAAAACAGGUCUCUGUGUGCAGACUUCGGAGCAGCUAAGCAUUACACUCUUGAUCAUCUUCAGAGAAAUUGGAAUUGCAUCGAGAAAGCCAGCAUUCUGUACUCGCCAGGAUAUGUUGUAGCUUCUUGUCCAGAGGCAGUGAGUGCUAUAGCCCGUUUUGCAUCGCAGAAUGAUAAAUUAUUUUGCCUGAAUCUGUCAGCUCCCUAUAUAUGUACCCAGUUCUCACAGUUUCUACAAAACCUUAUGCCAUAUGUUGACAUAUGCUUUGGAAAUUUAAAGGAAUUCUUAGCUUUUAGUGAGAAUCAAGAUAUACAGAAAGGCUCUGCUGCUAAACUCGCCCAAGCUAUUGCCAGACUUCCAAUGUUUAACUCAAGUAGAAAUCGUACUGUUGUUAUUACUCAGGGAGACCAACCAACAAUACUAGCAACAGGUACAGGUGACCUAUUGAAGGAGUAUCCCGUAAUUGCAGUUACAAAGGAGAAUAUUAAAGACACAUGCGGGGCUGGUGAUGCAUUUGUUGGAGGUUUCCUGUCUCAGGUUGUAUUGGGUCAAAGUCUGGACCUGUGCAUUAAAUGUGGUCAUUACGCUGCCAGUGUUGUCAUUCAACAGACCGGCACGGUCAUCCCAGACUAUCAGAAAUUUGUGGAUGAUUGGGAAAUUAUCAGGAGUAGUAGAGAAUUGUGGAACUAUAAACAAACUGAUUCCGAAAAAUCCUUACCAUGAGAUUGAUAAAGAAUGCAUAUGUUGAAAUGGUAUGUGCCAUUUCUUAUGAUCCAGCCAGUGAAUUUUUUUACAAUGGGCUGUGGAAACAUCAUGUGAGCAGACACAGUGUGUAGGCAUAGAAGUGGAGUGGUGGUGCAAAUAGUAAUGUGCCAUUAAUGGUCACAUUGUGAGGUGAUCACAUGGUCCAGGGUGGUAGUAUGGUUGUGGUGGAUGCAUGGUACCUGUUUACACAUUCCUUGUGCUUGAUUAGUAAUGUGACAACAUUUUACAUAGGGAGCAUACGAAGUCUUACAGUUACAGUAAUAUUCCUACAAAGUUACCAUAUUCUGAAUUAACACUUUGCUAAAAAAAGUCAAUACUAUUGAUAAACAGGUAAAGGUAGUCCCAUAUUCAUUAUUGAACGUAGUUGAAUGAGCUGUUAGCCCAUUGUACUAAGCCUCGGUAUUGUGUGGUAGGGUGGCCAGUUCCUCUCCACGCCGCAUUUUUUCAUCCCCAAUAGUGAAACACCAUGUACCAAUUUAUACUCCUGGGUAGAGAGAGACAAACGUAGAUAAAGUGCCUUGCCCAAGGACACAUGCGACUUGCACAGCGAGAGUUCCGAGCCCCUGACCUCAAGGUUGGGAGUCCAAGGCACAACCGAUGCACCAACCGCUUCUACAGUGGAGUAGUAAAAAUAUGUAUACGUUUACAUUGUUACAUCUCGCUAGAAACUAAUAAGUCCGUCACUGCAAGGUGUCAGAUGUUACAUGUAUGUCCUGCAGGAAAAUCCAAAAAUUUGCUUUCUGUUUCAACUUGCUAAAACUAAACUAUGCUGCCUCCCCCACCCCCUGUUAUUCUUACAUGGAUGCAAAUUUAUGCUUACUAACUUCUUUCUACCACAAGAUGUGUGUAACAUUUUGUCUUGGUAAAUCAUGUUCAAGUAGAAGGUGCCUUUCUUUCCAACACAACAAUCAACUUUUAUGGUCAUUCCAAUUAAUAUUAUUGUUUUGGAUUGUAUUAAUUUCUGUGCAACAUGAUCUCUGUGAUUUAUAAAUUACUUAAAUAGUGCUCAAAACCUUUUACCUUCUUUUUUGUUAUACAUAAAAUUAAAAUGAUUUAUUUUUGUUAUCAGUAUUUAUAUUUUU